AUGCGCGACACUUUUAAUGCCAUUAGGAUCAUCUAUUAUUCGUUGUCUCCCAGUAACAUCUGCAGCAGUGGCCAAAGCCAAAAGCAGAGAUUCAGAUCGGGUUUCAGCUAAAGCAGCAAUAGGAAGAGAAAGAAAGAGAAAACGAAAGAGAGAGACAGACAGAAAGAGAGAGAGGGAGCGAGAGAGAGGCUUAGUCAGUCUUAGUCAGUCUCCCUCCUCCCAAAUCUAGAAAAGCUCACCGAGGAGGCGCGGCGAGAGGAAUCCAGAGGAAUUUCUGUAAGGAAUAUUUCCUUUCUUUUCCACCACCAUCUCCCAUCUCUCUUGCAUUGCCUUUUUAUUCCACAAAAAAGUGAAAAGUUGGAGGUGAGGCAGAAAGAAGGCAGGAUCGAUGAUGGACGAGCAGCCUCGCUUGAUGCACUCUCACGGGGUAGGCAUGGCCGGACACCCCGGCCUGGCGCAGCAUUUGCCGGAUGGCACGGCGGGGACGGACGGCGAGGGAAGGAAGCAGGACAUCGGAGACAUAUUACAGCAAAUCAUGACCAUCACCGACCAAAGCUUGGACGAAGCACAAGCGAGGAAACAUGCACUGAACUGCCACAGAAUGAAACCUGCUCUCUUCAAUGUCUUGUGUGAAAUAAAGGAGAAAACAGUGCUGAGUAUUCGUGGUGCCCAGGAGGAGGAACCUCCCGAUCCCCAGCUGAUGCGCCUGGACAACAUGCUGCUGGCCGAGGGGGUCGCCGGGCCGGAGAAAGGCGGCGGGUCGGCAGCUGCAGCCGCGGCCGCUGCGGCCACUGGCGGUAUCGGCGCUGACAACUCGGCAGAACACUCUGACUACCGGGCCAAGCUGUCGCAGAUCCGACAGAUUUACCACACAGAGCUGGAGAAGUAUGAGCAGGCGUGCAACGAGUUCACCACCCAUGUGAUGAACCUGCUGAGGGAGCAGUCUCGAACACGACCCAUCUCUCCCAAAGAGAUUGAGCGCAUGGUCAGCAUCAUCCACCGCAAGUUCAGCUCCAUCCAGAUGCAGCUAAAGCAGAGCACCUGCGAGGCCGUCAUGAUCCUGCGCUCGCGCUUCCUCGACGCCAGGCGAAAGAGGAGGAACUUCAACAAACAGGCGACAGAGAUUCUAAACGAGUACUUUUACUCCCAUCUCAGUAACCCUUAUCCGAGCGAGGAGGCCAAAGAAGAGCUGGCCAAGAAAUGCAGCAUCACAGUGUCACAGGUCUCAAACUGGUUUGGCAACAAGAGAAUCCGCUACAAGAAAAACAUUGGCAAGUUCCAGGAGGAGGCCAACAUGUACGCGGCAAGGACUGCUGUCAAUGCCACCAGUGUGUCCGCACACGGCAGCCAGGCCAACUCCCCCUCCACUCCCAAUUCGGCAGGUUCUGCCGGCUCCUUUAACAUGUCAAACUCCGGAGACUUGUUCAUGAGUGUUCAGUCCCUCAAUGGGGACUCGUACCAAGGGGGGCAGGUUGGGGCCAACAUACAAUCCCAGGUGGAUACCCUUCGCCAUGUUAUCAGCCAGACCGGCGGAUACAGUGACAGCCUCGCCGCCAGCCAGAUGUACAGUCCACAGGGCAUCAACACAAAUGGCGGCUGGCAAGAUGCUCCGACCCCUUCAUCAGUGACAUCACCCACGGAAGGACCCGGAAGCGUUCAUUCGGACACCUCCAACUGAAUACAUCCACCUGUGCGCCGUCAACCUUGUAUGGAAAACCAGAACUGACCUACACAGUAUUAAACAAAGGAGUUCACAAUGCCGCUGUGCGCAGAGGUACUGUCGAAAAAGCCGAAUUGAGAAAAAGCAAAUAGUAUUUCCUCUGCUUGUAACCUUUGGACAUUUGGGAUACAAACAAUGAAAUUGUAAAGAAUCAGUGGAGAGGUUUGUACAGAGUUCUAUUCCGAGGGCUGGGCUUACUUAUGAUAAUUAUUAUUAUCAUUAUUAUUAUUAUUAUUAUUAUUAUUAUGGUCACCUGUUUCCACUUCCAGUGACAAAUGUUCCAAUAAAUAAAUCAAAGUUUUAAUGGUCAUUCUACCUCUCAGCCACUCAAAAGAAGAACAGCGUCAGUGACCGGGGUUUGUUUUGUAAAAAAUGAAAGUCGUCUUUGGAGCAAGAGGCACAUCUUCUUACUUAUUCUACAUUUUGUUGUCUCUCACCUAUUCUAUCCUAUGGUACGCCAUUUUAGACUAAUAUUGCUCAGUUGUUUACAAUGUGUGCUUGAUAAAAAAAAAUGUCCAUCCUUCCCCUGUGUCUCCGGCGUCUUUUACCCCAGUUGUGUCGGGACAUUUUGACCUCUAAGGUAACCCCUGUGAAGUAUGCUAUCUGUAAAACAAUAAAGAAAUACUUGUCAUCA